AGGAUAAACAGACACGAGGUCACCAACUAGGCAGUAUCCGCGCUUCCUCUGUGUAGGCCUAGUGUAUAUGCCGUUACAGUUGAAUAGUGCACACAACCCUAGAAACCUCCACUCUUCCUAACAGCAAGAUUUGCUUGAAGCCUUCGCGUGGUCCUUGAAUGUUAGCAGCCCGAGUACAGCCUCGCAAACAAUCUAAACAAACCCAACCUCCUUUUAAUUUAAAUCAACCUGGGCAUAGGCCUACUCGUGUUUAAACAGCAUAAGCGAAUACGCCGAGUGCGGGUGUACAAAUAGCCAAGCUGUCUGGUUCAUGGAUGUAGGCUCCAUGCUGGCAUGCUGUUAGGCGCAUUACUGCCCCUAAGGCGUCUCACAGCUAGCUUGACGACCCCGUGUAUCAGUUCUGUGGAAUAUUUAAGGAGGCAUACUGACGAAGACAGGUAUCUUUCAGGAUGAAGACUAAACAUGUGAGUCUGCUAGUGGUGCUGGUUGUGAUGAUUUUAUCAACUGGCAUCACGGCAAAUGAACAUCCCAACGAUAAAGGAGAGGAGACUGUACAUCAUCAACGUCAUCAUCAUCAUCACCAUCUUCGCCACAACAACUACGAACAUCACAAUCGCAAUAACAUCAUCAUGGAUGACGAUGGAGAAGAUGUGACGUCACAAGAUGAUAGUGAUAUGCCUAGCGAUGACGAAGAGGAGUUCUAUGGUGACUUCUCAUCCAGACAUGAGCUGUUUCAGUUAACUGACAAGAAUGGAGACGGCUUCGUGACCAGGGAAGAAUACGUCACCCAGAAUGGCAAUCACACUAGGGUGGUUGACCAGGUCUUCAAGGCCUAUGACGUGGAUGGGGAUGGCCGAUUCUCAGAAGAGGAGUUCUUACAACAAAGCUCUCCUUUGGCAGUUCGCGACGAGUGUGAAGAGGGAAUUAUACAGACCUGUGACAAGUUAUAUCUGGAAUUCAUGACAACUGAACUGAAGUCCAGCAAGGCGGAUGAAACAGCUUGCAAAGCUACACAGUACCUUGUGGACUGCGUAGCUGGCUAUGACGCCGAUUGUGAUAUAAUGAGUUAUGCUCGGAUAGUUGCUGCCAGAGCCCAGGCUUACUUGGACUCCGAAGCAUGUCCUCUGCUCGACUUGCAUCUCUUGCUUAAGCUCACCGGUCAGGGCGCCCUCAGUGACGGCAGGAAGACGCGUUUCGCACGAUCUGUUGAUGAUGUUGAGUCCACCACUAUCUCUGAUCAACAGCUGUACAGCAAGCUGUGCUCUGAGUCCUUCAUUAAUCGAUGCAGCAAGAGAUUCCACAAGUCUCUCAACCGAGACAGAGCUGAGAGGAGGUACUGCCCCAUACUGGCUAGCUACGAGCGUUGCUUGAAUAAGCGCGUCAAACACUGCUUAGGAAACGUGGGAUACACAGUCUUGCGACAGAAUAUUGCUAGCUUGAAAAACCUGCAACGUGAAGCAAAGUCAUGCCACAAAACCCACCGGUCUUGGGCCAUACAGUAACUGUUUAAAAUGAAAGAGUUCGUUUGAAUAAUACGAAUAAUAAUUAUUGUAUGCCUGGUUUUCGGCCAGUGGCCAAAUUUCCAUUGUUACAGCAUCACUUCUGUUGAUUAAUAUGUACAUGUAUUACUUUUGUCUUAUUAAUCAUGACAUUGAUCUAGUUGACAUAAUGUAUGAACACCGAGAUGAUUUCCUGAUUAUCAAAGGGAAUAAUCCUGGAAUGCGCCCGGUGACCCUGGACACUUUCAAAGCUAAUCUUAAAACCCAUCUGUUCACUGCAAAUUAUAUAUAAUGUUAGUGUUUUCUCUGCUAAUUGUUCAGCGCAUUGGGACUCCGUGUAAAAUGCGCUUUAUAAGAAUGGUUUAUUAUUAUUAUUAUUAUUAAUUGGGCUACAAAACGCGUUUUAAACGAAAUGAUAUUAAUUGGAAUGAGUAUAAACGUUCACACAACCAUAUCCUUAAAAA